GUUUGAAUUAUUGUAGACUUAUAAUUAUCAUACCUGCUCCUAAGCCCAAGUAUUAUUAUCAUCAUGUCCACGAGCUUUCGAAAUAUCUUAAGAACACCACCAAGCUACGGGUCUCCACUAGUCACGGUAAUUUUUGCAUGACGACUCCUGCGCCUCUCCAUACCGAUUCAAAAUGUUCGUGAAUCGUAAUCCUUCGGAUAAAGGGCUCCUAUAAAACAAUUGACCGAUCACUGUUGCCGAAGAAUGCCGCCGUGUAAAAUCUACCACCACCAUGGCCGCCCCCUCCGAACAUCGAGCAGUCGCUUUGGCCAAGAAACACGAGGACUAUCAUCGACUUUCAAUAGAGUAUCAGCGGAGAUUCGAAAGUUCUCCGGUGGAAGGCAAUAGGACAAAAAUACCCGUCAAGCAGCAAACACCCAUCACCAGUGCUCUCGAUAAAAUACAGACCUAUCCUUUCGUUUCGUUCACUCUGGGGCCAUCGGAGACAAAAUACAAUCUUGUAGACCCAGAUGCUGAAUGGGACGAUACUAGCAGUUUCGGUGAGCUUACUGCACCUGAUGUAGGAGCUAUUCUUGAGGCAUCGCAACCUUCAUCUUUCGGGAAAGGUGAUCAAACCGUGUAUGAUACAAAUUAUCGCAAUGGACGCGAAAUACCGGCGGACGCGGUGAAAUUUCGGGAAGGUUAUGAAGAGAAACUCUCGAGCAAGAUAAAACGGGUUUUGUGUUCGACACUGUUCAUCGGGAAAACUGUUAAAUUGGUUUUCUACAAGUUGGCACUGUAUGAGAAGGGAGGGCAUUUCAAUUGGCAUCGCGAUUCUACCCAUGGGGACAACCAUCACGGCACGGUGCUAGUCGCUCUCAACACAUCUUGGGAGGGCGGAAGAUUCCACCUGUGUCAUAAUGGCGCAGAAACGCAUUUCGACAUGCAUCCGGUCAUUGAAAAAGACCCCCAGACGAGGACGACCACGUCCAUUUCGUUACGAGUUGUUGCCUUCUAUACUGACGUCGAACACAAGGUCGAAACUGUUACUGAGGGCGUUCGUUUGGUGCUGCAGUACGAUGUAUUCAUCCAACAAGAAGACGAGUAUCCCGAAUAUCAAUACCUCCGCAUACCAAAUUCGCAACUCUUCACUGAGCAUUUCGAGCCCGUGGCUGAUGCUCAAGGUCCGAAAAUAUUCUAUCCCGCCGCCCUGAAAGAUCUGUCGGAUGCUAUAUCAGAUGCUCAUGAAAGGGGGACAGGCGAAGUUUCAAUUCCUCUCCGGCAUCUGUAUAGACAGGCUAGCAUUCGACCAGAAUAUCUAAAGGGAGUGGACGCCGUCGUUUACGAGAAUCUUUCUCAGACAUUCAAAGUGUCCUUGUUGCCCAUUCUUCUCCUGGAAACAGUCUUUGGAGAUGGUGGGGUCAUGACGGCUGUUGUCAAAUAUGACGGAGAAUCAAGUCGGAACGAACGUUUAUUUCAACCAGUGCGAAGGAGAUAUAGGAACGAGAACGAUUCCGAUACAGCUUCAGAGGGGGAGCAGGGACAGAAUCUGUCAAAGAGGAUCUCCGAAUUCCAUAUGUCGGGAUGUACUGACUUGUUACAGAUCAGUAAGGAGGAUUAUCAGGACCAUGCUGGCAAUGAGCCUCAAAAUGGGAGCGCUAGUUAUUUCGGAGGCGGGAUGUUUAUAUGCGCCAAGGAUUCGAUGGAGUAAUGUCGUGCAGUAGCCAUGAUUUACUGUCUAAACGUUAAAAAGAAGAGACGUGACUUCCAAGUGAUUUGAUUGGACGACCGGGUUCCGGGACGUUUUUGCCGGGUGUCGACUACCUCACUUGACGCGUCGAAGCCUCGUACGACUGGAAUUCCUCGAGGAUCCGAGUCUUUAAGUCCUAUCUUGGGCGUCGGAGACAAAAUUGGCUCUGGAGACACUUUCAUUAUCGAGAAUUUGCUUGCAGACGACUUGGCUGACAUCGCUUUCGAGAAUCUGAAGAAUGAAGUGCAUUGGCAUACUAUGUUCCAUAGAGGU